AACGAGGCCGGUUGGACCCGUUGCAGCAUCAUCAUCAUCAUCAUCACCAGCAGCAGCAGCAGCAUCCUGAGCGCCGCCCCCGGCUGCUCCUUCCAUUCCCCAGCUCCGCCCGGGAGCAGCCGCGAAGCCAGGCGGAUGAAUAUAUAUAAUGGGCAAUGUCCAAUCAGAAGCCACACAGGAAUCAGAGUCUGCCAAAGACGGGGAGGAGAAGGCCCACCCAGACAGGAGCAAGGUUCAGAGUAGCGCUAAGCAUGAGUCGGGGAACCGGUCCCCCUGCCCUCAGCCCCCUGAGCAGAAAGCGGCCAGUCAGCCACUGAGCAGCGAACCAGGGGGGAGGCGAUCGGCAGGCCGGAGCAUCCGAAAUGGGGAAGAAUCACUCUAAGAAAUCCAAGCUCAAGCUCUCCUCCAUGUGGGCCCAGAACUCAGCCAGUGGUGGGAUGAAGGAGGCCAGCCUGUGCGAUAAGGACACUGGGGCGGAAAAACGGGGGCUGGCUUGUCUCAGCCGAGCUGACCUCCAAAGCGGACAGAGCUUGGGGACAAUCCUCCAGGAGGAACCCAAAGGGUUGAAGGUAGCCCUGAGACCUCCUCAAGUGGCAACCUCUGAGAGAAGAGACUCGGGUGCCAGAAGAGGAUCAGCAAAAGGGAGGGGCAGGCCGGAGGGUGGCCACCCAGACAAGAACGCGCUGCUCCAGCCAGAGAAAUUGCCAGUUCUGGGCCAAGCCGCAGACCCACCCAAGGAUCUGGUGGAAACGGAGGCCCAUUGGGUUCAGCACAUCCGAGGCAGCGCUAAGGAAUACCUGGAUAAUGAGGAGUCAGAAUCUCUGCCUUCGGCCAAGAAACAGGCAGCAGCCGUGACGCACGGCACAGAAUCAUCACAAAUAACUGAGGAAGCCUUGGCGGGCCCUACGUCUCCGAAUGAGAGGAGCACAAGCCGGCCACCUCCCUCCAGCAGCACCGUUGUGCCCGGAGGGAAGAAGGCCCUUCUGUCGUGGGGAGCUGGCCAGAAAGAACAAACAGGCCAACAGGACAGUGCACCUGGGAGUGAUGGCGACUCUAAAGGCCUGGCCUUGGCUCCCCAGCCGCCUGUGGAAUUGGCAAAAGCCUCAAGCAGCCCCAUAGAAAUGGCUCAAGCUUCCAGAAAUGAGGUAAAGACCGGGGAGAAGAAUGAAGACCUGGGAGCAGAAGCAGUCAGUUCAGAGACGAUGCAGGAGCUGCUGGAAAAAGGCAUCAACUUCCUGUACAAGGUGACAGUCCAGCCAGGGCAGUGGCCACACAGCAUCAAGGCGGUCAAGCAAAAGCCCAGUGUCAUCUCGUCUGGCAUCUCCUAUGCCGAUGUCCUGAAGCAGUGCCCUCAGAGGAAGUCCCCCACCAGUGCGCCAGACAUGCCUAAAGCACUACACCCUCUUACAACGGCGAGCAAGAAGCUCCCAUCUUUUAAAGGGUUGGAGAGGGGCAACCCAGAGGACCUCUCUCCACUCAGCCAGUUGUUCUUGGAGCACUUCAAGAAAGUUCCCCCAGCUAAGGAAUCUGCCGCCUCCCAUGCGCCUAGUCAGCCAGUAGUCACAUUCUUUGAUGAAUUGUCUCCCAGCAAUGCCAAGCAGACCGAAUGGCAAAGACCCCGGCCACCAACUCCAUACCCUCAACGCCGCAAAGCUCAGGGCAGAAAGCUACCCAAGUUUGGCACUGCCGUGUCACAGGUCGUUGCCUUCCUAGGGAGUGACCCCAAGUGUGAUUGGUUUGUACAUGAUGAGAGCCAGGCCUCCUCGGAAGAGGCCACAGUGGCAGUGGAGGAAGGGGGCAAAGACCAUGCUGACCCAGCUGGUGAAGGAAACAAAGGGACAGAGGAAGCACCAAGCUCUUCUCUAUCUGUUGCCUCCCUCUCCUUGGCGAGGGAAAUGGCAACAGAAGUGGAUGCAACUCCCCAGAGGUUACGAAGAAGGCCACAGGGCAUGGAAGAAGGUGCGAAAGAAACAACUCCAGUCAAGAUAGCUCCCUAUAGCACUUCCUGGAGCGUCAGUUGCUCACUGACGCCUACUGAGUCUCUCCAAAAGGAAGAGCAAAUUGUAGUGCCACUGCUAAGUCCAGUCCCACAUUCGCCGAGGGAAAUGACAGAAGUGCCCAGCCCUGUUGUCUCCACCCCACUGUGUGGCCCCGUUGGACUGAUUCCGGAUCAGAAAGCACCAGCCACGGCUCAGGCGAGACCCAAGACCCGAAAGCAAGGCCCUGCCGCUCCAAAGUCUAAAGAGAAACUCAAACCUCCAGGGCAGCCCAAAGUUAAGGCACCUAAGGUGAAAGGACAAAAGCAGUGGCCCCGGGGUUAUGGAAUGGCCUCCCCACUGAGAUUAGAAGGUGUCCCUCUCUUUCCACCUUUUGAAAAGGUUGCAAGACCUUUUUAUUUCGGUGAGCCCUUGGAGACACCUCUUUAUCUGGAGAAACCAGACAGCACUGACCAGGAUGAAACCCUGACCCAGGGCAGUCCUGAGCAAGAUCGAGAGGCUGACCCAUCUCCAGUGCAUCAUUGGCCAGCUUUCCAGGUGGCAAAUUCCUGUUCCAUGAGGUGCUACUGUAAACACCGAGAUCAGAGGAAGCUGCCCAAGAACGUCAUGGCUUGGCUCAACCCUUCUACCAACCACUUGGCAGAACCACCCUGGGUUGCCACUGCCAUGCUGGCUGUCUCACUCGUUGCUGGGACCAAGUUCUGCCUGGACUCUUAUGACCAACAGCAUGUCACCAAUGAGGACUGAAUCUCCCUGCCCCUUCCCCAGGCCUAAUCAGCAAUAAAACAUGUAUGCCAUCAG